GGAUGUGUUUCUGAGCUCUGUGUACUGCAGAGAAGGAGGAGGAGAUGCCUCUACCCGUGCAGGUCUUUAACUUUCAGGAGAUAUUAGGGUCAGGGCAUGGGGGCGGGACAGAGCAGGGUCAGGACAGGGUGAGUGACAGCUCUGGAUCCAGCUCAGCCUCCUCCACAGGGACAGAUCGUUCCCUCUCCUCCCACAGCUGCGGGGCGGACUCCCUCCCCUUUGUCAGUCAGGAGAGCGCCCCCCCCCUCAGUGUGUCUGCAAGCUUUCUGAUCCUGCAGGGGGCUGCGGAGCCCAUGCAGAUAGACGCAGACCCUCAGGAAGACCAGCAGAAUGCCCCCGAUGUCAACUACCUGGUGGAAAACCCCACGCUGGAUCUGGAGCAGUACGCGUCCAGCUACAGCGGUCUGAUGAGAAUGGAGCGGCUGCAGUUUAUCGCAGACCACUGUCCCCCGCUCAGAGUAGAGGCCCUCAAGAUGGCGCUGUCCUUCGUCCAAAGAACCUUCAACGUCGACGUCUACGAAGAGAUCCACCGCAAACUCACUGAAGCCACCAGGGAAGUCCAGGGGGUGCCGGACGCCGUCCCUGAGGGUGGGGCGGAGCCCCCCGCCCUGGACACAGCGUGGGCGGAGUCCACCCGAAAAAAAGCCCUGCUGAAGCUGGAGAAACUGGACACUGACCUGAAGAACUACAAGGGCAACUCCAUAAAAGAGAGUAUCAGGCGGGGCCACGAUGACCUAGGAGACCAUUAUCUAGACUGUGGUGACCUCAGCAACGCCCUCAAGUGUUAUUCCAGAGCCCGAGACUACUGCACCAGCGCCAAGCAUGUCAUCAACAUGUGUCUUAAUGUGAUCAAGGUUAGCGUUUACCUCCAGAACUGGUCGCACGUACUGAGCUACGUCAGCAAGGCAGAGUCCACUCCAGAGAUCGCAGAGCAAAGAGGGGAACGAGACAGUCAAAACCAAGCAGUCCUCACCAAACUAAAAUGUGCUGCAGGUCUGGCAGAACUCGCCUCUCGAAAGUACAAACAGGCCGCAAAGUGCUUCCUGCUCGCCUCCUUCGACCACUGCGACUUCCCUGAGCUUCUCUCCCCGAGCAACGUGGCGGUGUACGGGGGGAUGUGCGCGCUCGCCACCUUCGACAGACAGGAGCUGCAGCGAAACGUCAUUUCCAGCAGCUCCUUUAAGUUAUUUUUGGAGCUGGAGCCUCAGGUGCGGGACAUUAUCUUCAAGUUUUACGAGUCUAAAUACGCGUCCUGUCUGAAGAUGCUGGAUGACAUGAAGGAUAACCUCCUCCUCGACAUGUACCUGGCACCUCACGUCCGAACACUGUACACGCAAAUCAGGAACAGAGCCCUAAUUCAGUACUUCAGCCCGUACGUAUCGGCCGACAUGAACAAGAUGGCGGCGGCGUUCAACACCACGGUGGCGGCGCUGGAGGACGAGCUGACGCAGCUGAUCCUGGAGGGGCUGAUCAAUGCACGGAUCGACUCCCACAGCAAGGCAGGGCCCAGCGCCGCCUCCUACUGCUCCUCCAUCACCUCCCCUCCUGCUCUCUCCCACAGCAAGAUCCUGUACGCCAGAGAUGUGGAUCAGAGGAGCACCACGUUUGAGAAGUCGCUGCAGAUGGGGAAAGAGUUUCAGAGACGAGCCAAGGCCAUGAUCCUGAGGGCCGCGGUGCUGCGGAACCAGGUGCAUGUCAAGUCCCCACCGAGAGAAGGCAGCCAGGGGGAGCUCACUCCCGCCAACAGCCAAACGCGAAUGAGCACCAACAUGUGAGCGCCCACCGCCCCCCACCCACACGCACAUUCACCCCCC